AUGAUUGCUGAUGACAGUGGCGAUGAUGUUAGAGAAAGUGAGCCUGCUGGGGCAGACAGUGGUUCUAGCUCUGGCACACAGCAGUACCCUCCACAUUUUUCUUCUUUGGACUUGGAUGCCAUGAGGCAGGAGGGGGUUCCUGGGCAGCCAGCUGGAUUUGGCGCUAGAGAUGGUGAAGGGUCUGCAGGUCUGACAGAGUUUCAGGUUGGUCAGCAAUUUCAGGAUAAAGAUGAGGCCCUGUUAAGUGUGAAGACUUACAACAUCCGUCGAGGGGUACAGUACAAGGUCGUGGAGUGUGACUAUCACCGUUAUGUGGGCAAGUGUUUUGAGUUCGAGAAUGGGUGCACAUGGUUGAUUCGGCUGAGUCUCCGACAGCACAAGGGCCUUUGGGAGGUCAAACGGUACAACGGACUGCAUACGUGUUUCGCCACCUCCAUCUCCAGCGACCACAGGAGUUUGGAUUACCAUGUGAUAUCGGCAUUCAUUAUGCCAAUGGUUAGGGCUGAUGCAUCCGUUAGCAUCAAGGUGCUCCUAAAUGCCACCACCUCACACUUUGGGUUUAGGCCGACGUACAGGAGGGUCUGGUUGGCCAAGCAGAAGGUUGUUGCCCUCAUCUAUGGUGACUGGGAUGAGUCGUCUAACGAGCUCCCAAGGUGGGUGUUAGGAGUCCAGUUGACGAUGCCUGGAACUGUUGCAGUCCUUAAGACGAGUCCUAUUCAUGUCGGUGCACAGCUGGAUGAGUCUCAAGCUUAUUUUCACAGACUAUUCUGGACGUUUCCACCGUGUAUCGAGGCAUUCCGUCAUUGCAAGCCCCUAGUUAGUAUUGACGACACCCAUCUCUAUGGCAAGUAUGGGGGAACGUUGCUUGUCGCGAUUGCACAGGACGGGAAUUCCAACAUACUCCCUAUGGCAUUCGCAUUAGUCGAGGGUGAGAAUGCUGAGUCGUGGGCCUUCUUUCUCUCCCACCUACGUGAGCAUGUGACACCGCAGGCGGGUCUACUGGUUAUAUCGGACAGGCACAACGGCAUCAAGGCAGCGCCUGAGGCUCCUGACGGAGGAUGA